UGUCUCAAUCGACGGUUGGUCUACGCUAACGUUUGCGGUGGCAUUUGCGGAUCACAAAUAAACUUUCCUUCCUUACGCGUGGUUCGAUCUCGUGCAUCUUCAUCGUUUUCCCGUUAAAGUGCAUUGUGUUUGCUGCAUUCCAAGUUUCGUUCAAAUAGUGUUGUGCACAAGUUUAUCCUAAAGAAAGCAUGCCUGCUCCAGCAAGUUCCACGUCCGUCGGCAGUGGCAGUCGGUCACCGUCGAAGCCCACGUCGGCCCCGCGAGCGGCCGCUGGCGGUUCCAGCAACCUGAAGCAGCGCAAAACAACCACGACUACCACGGCAGCACGGAAUCGUACCACAGGCACCGGAUCCGGUGGUAUGUGGCGCUUCUACACCGACGACUCCCCUGGUAUCAAGGUUGGCCCAGUUCCGGUGCUCGUGAUGUCGCUUCUCUUCAUCGCCUCCGUCUUCAUGCUGCACAUCUGGGGCAAAUACACUCGCGCGUAAAGAAAGACCGUCUGGUUUUAGGUUCACGUAAAAUCUUCCCCCUGGAUACUUGUUCUUCGCUCCAUCGUUGCUCGUUUGAUUUCAAACGCGCGGAUUCUGUUUAUUCGUCCGGAUGACCCGAAUCCACCCAUUUAUCAUUCUUCGUUUCAACUAUGCUGUGCAACCUCACGUGGACGCACGGCGCACCAAACAAUGAGAGAGACUUUUGCGGCUAAAACGGGGGACCCCACGAUCGGUCUGGCUUCCCUGGGACUACGUUAGUGUAAAGUCCUCCCGCCUCCCGUGCGUACGUGGCAGCGAUCGGAAAGAGUAGAUCGUAGGUCUUACUUUUCCACCGACUCGUGCGCCUGCGUUCUAAUGAGACCCUCAAUUUAGCCGCUAAUUUAAAUAUUUGCAAUUGCUCUAGAUCGACGUAAGGCAAUCUUUAUUACUCGUACGGAAUGAAACAUAAUAUAAUUGUACACAAA